AUGCUACUCUCCACCGGUAUUAUCGCGCUCUCGCGCAAGAUUAAGGAUGAGAGACACCGCAAGAAAGAAGCAAAGCAGGGUCUGCUCAAUGCGCAAGACAGUGAAGCCGCGAGAAGGGCAUUCGCAAACCAAAGGGCAUUUCAGACAGGCGACGGAAUUGCUAGCGGUAUGACUCGCUCUGGAACGAGAGUGAAAUACGAGCAAGCGGAGGACGUCGCAUCCCCUCAGCAGAGCACGAAUGGCCAUCCCAGCCUGCAAGACACGGAGCUGGCGGCUACUAGAUCUCCCUCUGAACCGUCGAACGGUCAAGACGCUUUCGCCAGCCUGAGUAGCUUUGCGUCUUCCUCAGCGUUGAGUCCUGGCGACGUUCAACCGAUUCCAUGCUCCCCUGCCACCCCAUUGAGCUCUGUCUUCUCAAUCGAUUCACCAAUUGCAGGCACUCUAUCAAACAAGGACCAGGACGAUCAAUCAACGUCAUCGGGACAUGCAUCCUUCAAGACAGACUCGGAGGAGAUUAAAUGCAUCAGAAUUCGCACGAGGGGUAAUGGCUUGAAGUCUGGGUUUCCUUACCAUGCCGGAUUAUUCGACUUGCACGUACGGCCAGACCAGUGGGAACAGUUCACCGCUCAAGUCGUUGAGUCGACCAAGUUUACCGCGGGCGAUCAUGCUCAGAUGUGGGGAGCAGCGACAGCGACCGCAUUGAGCGGAGCGCUGAUGACCAGCAUCUAUGUCGGACGGUACGCCACGUUCUCCAGCGAGCUGAUUACGAUGGAUGCAGGCUGAUUUAGUGCAAAGGUCUAUGAACCGCUCCCUCCAAGAGAAGAAAGUGAGAUCUGGACUUCAAGACACCUCAGACGGUGGACUCGGCGAGACGCUCAGACGCUGGAACCAGAAUGAAUUUCGCGAUCUAGGCAUCUUCGUGCAUCUAGAACUGAGCGAGUCGGCCAUGAAACGUCAGCAUCAAAAGCACCACUCCUUUCGGAAACCCACUUCAUUGUACUCUAAACACGAAGAUCGAGAUCGAAAGACGGAAGAGAGAAAGUUUUGCAUUGUGGUAUCGAAGCUGGAUGGUGAGGGCUUUCCUUCUGAAGCGUUCCACGAGCUUGCGGGGGAAGAAGCGAGAGUACUUGAAAUGGCGGACCCAAAGAAUGUCAUUUAUGAAGUACCCGAGUUGCCUGGAGAUGAAGGGACACGUCCAGCGGAGCUUCCCGUGAACGGAUCAUUGGGCUACACCCGUGAGACGACUGGUACACCUCAUCAGUAUUGUGCUGAACUGGAAAGUGCGCCAGUUGAAUUGAUGGAGAAAAGCAAUCUCGAUGAUGAGUCGCCUGGGAACGAAACGACAGAGAAUGAAGACUUUGAAGAGAAUGCGGCACUAAGGCCAGCGCCUUUGAUGGUCACGGCAGAGACCCACGCAGCUCUCGACAAGGAAGUGACAUGA